GAAGUCGUCGAUGGACUGGGACUGAGACUGAUUAGCCAGCCAGCUAUAGAUAAAGUGAACAAGAAUAGAGAGAAAUUGUUAGAUCGAGACACAGACUUGUCUUUACAUGAAUUCGAUUUUAAAAUGUUUUAUUCAAAUUCAUGGACCAAGUGCUUGAUUUGCCUUAUCUUUAUAACAUGUGGAAAUUCUGAAUGUCCCAAACCUCAAGUGGAGGGAAAUCAAAAUGUUGUUCUAACGAAUGAUGCGCUCCUAAAGAACGAUUUUCCGGAGGGCUCGGAAGCCACUUUUGAGUGUGCCAACGGCUACAUGAAAGAUCAAGGAUCUGAAAGUAUCACCUGCACGAGUGGAGAGUGGAGCACGCUGGAAUUAACCUGCAAAAAGAAGGACUGCGGUGCACCCAAGGAGAUGCCACAUUUGACAUAUGAGUUUGGUGAGGAAGGGACGCUUUUUGGUGCAUCAGCAAGAGCAUUUUGUGAAAAAGGCUAUCAAGUUCAGGGGUCAAGUUACAGGCAGUGUUUUGCCACAGGUUGGAGUGGAAGAUCAAGAUGUGAAGUGGUAACUUGUGACGAACCUUUUGAGAUAAAGAAUGGCACGAUCUUAGAGAAGCCUGACAAAGAGUUUCCAGAGUAUGGGGAUGUCAUACAGUACUCCUGUGAUGAAGGUUACACCCUCAUUGGAAACAAAUCCAUUGAGUGCAAUGAAGAUGGUGAAUACAACUCAUUACCUCCUGAAUGCAAAGAUGUCAAUGACAUUCCUUUGAAACCAACAACAACUAUAUCAACAACAUCAGCAUCAAUAACAACAUUGACUGUUCCACCCACAAUACGAGUUUCAGGGAAACAUAAUGACAUUGGUGAACAUGACACCAACGCAGCUACAGGGAAUGCAGCAGUUGUGGGAAGUGUGAUCGGCAUGGUCAUAGUUACACUUAUUAUUGUGCUGUUCAUAUUAUAUUGUUUUCAUAAGAGGAAAGGCUCGUACCAGACGGGAGAAGACCCAAGAAGAAAAGAGGAGUUAUUACAAUUUCUAAAUAACUAAAUUGAAUGCCUACCCAAGGUAUCUACAUUUCGUACAUGAUUCUAUUAAACCCAUUAUUUAAAAAAUAUGUCCCGUCAUUUAACCAAAAUCUCACUCAUAUGACUAUACAGUUUGUGGUCGUCUUUGAGCUUGAGUAAGCUUUGUCUAAAAUAUCUCAUUUCUUUUCAGGGCUAGGACUGCUCCUAUCUGCUAGUCUGCAUCUGUUUCCUUGAAAGGAAGUUUCCAGCAGAUUGUCUCUCUGACCAUUUUCUGGUUGGACAAACAUGUACAGUGCCCUUUACGUAUGUGGCAUUACUGAAUGGAAGUUAUAAUUGCACUUUUUCUAUGAAGUUGUAAAUAUUUUUUGAAAGUCACCUCAAUGUAAAUGUUUUAACCCAAUGUUAAAAAAUGUUAGGGCGGCAGGUAGC